UCAAGGCACCCGCCUCUCGCCCGUCCCCAUCGAGUUGCCUCUUAGUCUGUCUGCUUCCUUUUCGCAUUAAAACCCCCAUUCCGGAAAGAGUAUAGAUCCAGCGGAAACCCUAGAAUUUUGAUCGGUGAGAGAGCCUCUCUAUCUUCCCCCUCGUUUUCGAGCUUUUCUUGUUGGAUCUCGAUCGAUUCCUCCGAGGCGGCCUCGGGAAAGCUGGUGGUGGGUUAAUUUAUUUCUUCUUGGGGGCCUUGAAUUGCAUGCGCCCGGGGGAGCGCACCGCGGGGCGGCGAUGCUGGAGCUGAACAGUAGGCGGUUCUUGGGCUCUCUAUGAUCGUGCCGGUGGGCGGAGGGUUGAUCGUUCUUGGCUUUGUAGCGAGGGCGGGGAGGGCCAGGGAGUGCAUGAGGGUUUUGUUUCAUUCUCUAUACGCAGUCGGGGAUUCGAGAGGCUCGAGUCGGGACUGUAGGCUUGUGAUACGGAGCAGAGGGAGUCAAGUUAGCGAAAGAAGGAUAAAGAAAGGAAAAAAAAGGGAAUCUUUGGACCGUUCGUGUAGAGAUCUGCCAAGAAAUGCAGCAAGAUCAACGAAAUAAGAGUACAUUAGAGAUGGACUUCUUUGCAGAGUACGGAGAUGUUAAUAGAUACAAACUUCAGGAGGUCAUAGGGAAAGGAAGCUAUGGACUCGUGUGUUCGGCCAUUGAUACACAUACUGGAGAAAAAGUAGCAAUAAAAAAGAUACAUGAUAUCUUUGAGCACAUCUCUGAUGCUGCUAGGAUUCUCCGCGAGAUUAAGCUUCUGAGGCUUCUAAGGCAUCCUGACAUAGUGGAGAUCAAGCACAUCAUGUUGCCUCCACCAAAAAAAGAUUUCAAAGAUAUUUAUGUUGUUUUUGAGCUUAUGGAGUCAGAUCUUCACCAAGUCAUAAAGGCUAAUGAUGACUUGACAAAAGAACACUAUCAAUUUUUCCUUUAUCAGCUGCUCCGUGCCCUAAAAUAUAUCCAUACAGCUAAUGUUUAUCAUCGAGAUCUAAAACCAAAGAACAUACUUGCAAAUGCAAAUUGCAAACUCAAAAUAUGUGACUUUGGGCUAGCAAGAGUUGCUUUCAGUGACAACCCCAUGACAAUAUUUUGGACGGAUUAUGUUGCAACCAGAUGGUAUAGAGCCCCAGAGCUCUGUGGAUCAUUUUAUUCUAAGUAUACCCCUGCUAUUGAUAUCUGGAGCAUAGGUUGCAUUUUUGCUGAGGUGUUAACUGGAAAACCACUAUUCCCUGGUAAAAAUGUGGUCCACCAACUGGAUCUGAUUACUGAUCUUCUGGGAACACCUUCCUUGGACACUAUUUCACGGGUGAGAAAUGAAAAGGCAAGAAAAUAUUUGAGCAGAAUGAGGAAAAAACAACCAAUGCCUUUUUCACAGAAGUUUCCAAAUGCAGAUCCUUUAGCACUUAAAUUGCUGGAAAGACUUUUAGCUUUUGAUCCAAAGGAUCGUCCAACUGCGGAGGAGGCACUGGCAGAUCCUUAUUUCAAGGGUCUGGCCAAAAUUGAGAGAGAGCCAUCUUGCCAACCAAUUCCAAAGAUGGAGUUUGAGUUUGAGAGGCGGAGAGUGACAAAGGAGGACAUAAGGGAUCUUAUCUUCCGUGAAAUUUUGGAAUAUCAUCCUCAACUCCUCAAAGAUUACAUGAAUGGAACUGAGCGAACAAACUUUCUUUAUCCUAGUGCUGUUGAUCAGUUUAGGAAGCAAUUUGCUCAACUUGAGGAAAAUGGUGGUAAAAGUGGGCCAGUUAUUCCACUAGAGAGGAAGCAUGUUUCUCUUCCGAGAUCUACAUUUGUUCACUCUACUACGAUUCCCGUUAAGGAGCAGCCUCAUUUGGCUUCAUUCAGAGGGAGGCAUGUUUUAGAUGAGGCGUGCAAAAAUCCUAGAGAUGCUGAGGGGCUGUCUGGAAGUCUAUCAAGGGCUUCACAGCUACCUCAAAGAAUUCCACUUGCUGAACCUGGAAGAGUUGCGGGGCCUAUAAUGCCAUAUGAACAUGUAAGUGCAAGGGAUGGCUAUGAUCCACAGAGGCUGGUGAGAAAUGCUCUUCUUCCACCAGAAUCAGCUAUUCCUCCUGCAUAUGGUUUCCAAAGAACAGAAGGCAAAAUAGAGAGCUUAGAGAGGAAACCUGUGGAGGCAGAGAGGGAGACACAACAGAAAUCACCAACCCUCCAAGGUAUGCCAGGAAAGAUGGCCCCAGAUGUAGCUGUGGACAUGCAAGCCCACCGUAUCCAUCCAUCAUCAGGACCAAAGGCUGGUUCAUCAAAGGAUAUAAUCACCAUGGAUGCAAACUUGCUGCAUGCCCAACCUCCAUAUGAUGGAAUUGCUGCCGCUACUCACAGGAAGGUGAGCAGCGUUCAGUUUGGCAUGGCAAGAAUGUAUUAGGCACCGAUUAAUUUAGAGAGUAGUUAAUGAUGUCUCAAUCUAUCAAGACAUUUGAUGAUGGAUGUAAAGAUGCUGGAUGGGAGAGGAGGUGAGAGAUACAUGCGAGGAGAAAAAAAGCUAAUAAACGAAAAAAAAGAGCAUGGGGAGAAUGAGAAAUUUAGAGCAUAGUCCAUCGUGUAAGUGCAAUAUAUGCGACUCAUUACGCUUGCAGCUGAAGUUUCUGGUUCUGUACUUUCAGCUUAAUCUUGCUGUAUUAUACAACGUAUGAUGCUAGCCUCCUUUUUCUUGCA